AUGGAAAUUUAUAGCAGCCACUUUAUAACGCGUUCAGCAUCGAAUGAGAGCCAAUUGGUUCUGGACUCGGUUUCGGUCUCCACCACUGGCAAGUACAGUUGCGAAGUGUCAGCUGAUGCGCCAUCUUUUCACACAGAAAUCUCUGCCGGUGAAUUGGAAGUAAUUGUACCGGGAAAAGAUCCUGUCAUAACCGGUAUAAAACCACGAUAUCACGUUGGAGACAUAGUACGUGGUAAUUGUACAUCGCUGCAUUCCAAACCGGCAGCAAAUCUAACAUGGACGAUAAAUGGACGAGAGAGCAAUCCCUCACACAUACGACACCACAAGCCAAUGCGGGAACAACGAGAAUUGGAAACAGUUGUUUCGGGAAUCCAUUUUGUGGCUACGCCGCAGCACUUCAUUGGGGGAAAGUUAAAGAUACGCUGCACUGCCCACAUACACGACGUUUAUUUGAAAUCAACCGAAAAGUCAAUAAAAGAGGAACAUCAUAGAGAUAGUACAAACUCCCUCAAUAAUUUCUCUGAAGAUUACUUUGAAAUGGACAAUGACCAGCUGACCGAUCGGUCUGAUACUUAUAUGACUCACAUAAAGGGAGCUGUCUCAUCUUUGAAUGCCAAUAGUGCAGCACAACAGCACUGUCAUUGCCUGUCAUUGUUGCUGAUACGUUGGACAAUACUAACGCUGACGGCUUGGUAUACUUUACGAUAUUUUCACCAAUUAUGCGAACAAUUGUUUGUUUGGCGUGAAAGAGUGGCGUCAAAGGCAACAACGAGAACAAUGCAGCAAACAACCGAAACAAAAAAUGAAGAUGAAAACGUCCUGCAGAGGGCCAAAGGGCAACUAUUAACAACUAGUGGGAUAAGUGUUGUUGAAGCAGUUGUAACGACAACAAAAGCAGCUGAAGCAGCAAAAAUAAAAGCAACAUUAACUGCAGCGAACACUUUGUGCCGUUCAUGGCCGGCAGUUGCAGUCGAGCAAACAAAAUUUUGAUCGCGAAAUGAAACGACGAAUUCACAAUUAAUUAACAGAAUAACUGUACAGCGUUGGCAACAACAACAACGACAACAUCAGACGCAUAUUAUAGUUAAGCGUGAGGAGAGGUCAGCACUUCAAGCAGUGGAGGGGCCCAACAUUACGCGCAGCAACGUUAAUAACAAUUCAACCGAAAGCAACAAAAAGUGCCACAGGAAAAAAAUCUCCAAAUACAACUAUAUUGACGCUUGUGAGCGCAAUACCAACAGCACAGCAUGAAUUCUUUGUUGCUGGUAAAUAGUAAAAAAAAGAAAUAAAAAUAAAACCGGUCAAAGUAAAAUAAAAGAAAGUUUUUGAGGUAGGGGCUCCAGAUAAAUAAGCAUAGGAAAGCGAUUAUACUAAAGAGUUAUUUUAUUUAAAAUCUUAAGAAUGAAUUUUUAAAGUAAUUUA